AUGACUAGGGUAUCUAAAAUAUUACCAAUUUCCAACAGAGGUGAAGCAAACGUACCGAUGGCCUUCAACGGAGCCUGGAGAAUGUACUCUCAGGAGAACCACGAAGAGUUCUUCAAAGUCCUGUCUGUGCCAGACACUCUCAUCCGCAUCAUGCGUGACGUGAAGCCAGUGACUGAGAUCAAGCAGAACGGAGAGGAGUUUGUGGUGACCGUGAAGACGCCUCUGCGCUCCACCACCAACACCUUCACGCUGGGCCGCGAGGCCACCAUGAAAACCCUCGAAGACAAGACGCUCAAGGCUGGUGAAAUUCUGCCACUAAUGCACUGGAUUAGCAUAUACUCAUUUGGCGUGCUCAUAGAGAAGGCAGAGCUUUUUUUUAUCUUGUUGCUAAGUAAUGUCUGCUGUGAGCAGUGCAUGGUACGCCUGGAGGACGGGAAGCUGGUCUGCACCUCAGAGAAGUUUACCCAUGUGCGCGAGAUCCAGGGCGAGGAAAUGGUGGAGGUCAGUGGCCUUUCUCUCUCCUAUCAGUGGUGUGUUCAAGAUAAAACUGCACUGUGAAACAUUAUGCUCCACGGUAGAAGACCUGACUGAUGUGUGAGGCUGGCAGUUCACUGCCAUUAAGCGAAGUCUUUGUAAUGGCUUUAUGCUUGAAUAGAAUAGAUGAUCAACAUGCCUCUCGUGUUCUAACAUGAUGUGACGUGUACUUUUGUUUCCCAUGGCAACGCUGGUCUCUCAGACAAUGACAGCUGGCUCUACAUCCCUAAUCAGACGAAGCAAGAAGAUCUGAGCUGGAGCAAAGGCACCACUCAAUAGAUAUAAAUAAACUAAUAAACUAUAUGCCAAUGACUGGUCUCUGCAAUUCAUUAUCUUCUUCAAUAUGUUUUUAUUGAAAAAUGAUACAGUCAAGCAUUUCAAUUUGUUAAGUAUGCCCUUCUGUAUAUGGUUAAAUUGAAAUGUUAAUAAAUCAAAUUCAUGUCUGAACUGAAAAGACAAGAUGAUUUUCAUAGCAAAAGCAAAAACCACACAGCAACCAAGAUCAUGACCAAUCAAUUCCCAUCUCAUCAAUACUACUUCUGUUACACACAGCCACGGACAUAAAACAGUGACAAAUGCAGUCAUCUAUUCAUUGUAACAGAUCCUCCUUUAUCACGUCUUCAGGCUACAA